AUGUCGGAUGAGGAAGAUGAUUACAUGUCUGACGCAUUUCUCACCAAAAUUCAAGAUGUGAAACCUGGCGUCAGCAUGGUGAGAAGAGUUAAAGAAACCAUAAAAAAGGAGGCUGAACAUAAGGAGAAAAAUAUAAAAAAUCGACAGAAAUCCUUCAAAGAACAGGAGAAAGAAAGUCGCGAAGCAGCGUUGCAGAGCAGCAUCAGCAAUGAAAACAAAGGAUUUGCACUCCUGCAGAAAAUGGGUUAUAAAGCUGGGCAAGGACUGGGCAAACAGGGUGCUGGCAGAGUUGAACCUAUUCCCUUAAAUAUCAAAGUAGACAGAGGUGGCAUUGGAAUGGAAGAAAUGAAGAAACGAAAAGCUGAGGAAGAGCUGGAACAUUACAGACAGAAAGUACGAGCUAAACAACAGAAUGAGAGCAAAUCAAUGGAAGAUUUCAGAUCAAGGGUUAGAACCGAAAGAGAGGAGCGCAAGAUAGAAGGAGAUCUCAGAAGAAGUCAGCGUUCCUGUGAGCAGCUUGACAGUCAAAAGGGCAUUAGUGAACCCAGAGAAGACUGGUACUGGCCAAAAACUGAAGCAGAGGAUGAAGCAGAGCCUGAAGCAGAGGAUGAAGUUGUUAACAAAGAGGAUGAAGAAGAUGAGGCUGUUGAAUUAACUCCGUUUGAUAAACUGCACAUUUUGACAUCAUAUUUGAGAGGGAGACACUUUUACUGCCUCUGGUGUGGGACGACAUACAAUGAUGAAGAUGACCUCAGUUCAAAUUGUCCAGGAGAUACAGCUGCUGACCAUGAAUAA